AUGUCCACUUCUUCCUCUUCUGCCACGCUGACCCCGGCCGCUGCUGCAGAGGAAGGUCGACCUGCCUUGGUCGUCCCCAGAGUCAAAGCCUCUCCCAUUCUCCCCAUCUUCGAGCGAUGGGCGGUUCUGGUUUUCUCUCUUGCCCUGUGUAUUUUCUCAGCGUGUUCACUGUUCACUCUCAAUCUCUCCUGGGCUUAUCAACCCAACCAGACAGGUUAUGAAGUUCCUCUGGCCAACUGCCCGGCCUUCUCUGAAUCGUUCUCCAUAAACCACGCGACUGCACCUUCUGGUCCAACAUGCAAACUUGAGAUAGUCCAGAACGGUUGGAACGAGAUGGUUAUGUACAACUCAAGUAUUUACCCUCUACCCAACAACACCCCGAUCGACCAGACUCUCAACAACUGUCGCAUGCCUCAGAACGGUGAACAGGAUUAUGAAUGCUUCCAACU